AUGGCCCCUGCAUCCUUCUGCCUUGGGCACGGAUUUCAGGUGGCGAAGAUGAUGUGGUCACGAAAGCCUGGGCACUUCUGGACGCUAGCAGAUAGCGUGAAGGGAUCCGGUGCCUUCUGCACCUCGCUUGGCUUGUUUCAAUCUCCCGGCGAGGACGACAUCUGCCAUUUCGCCAAGAGCGAUGUGCCUCGCACCCGGCGCAUCCCGUCACUCCGAAGGCUCCGACUCGGUGCUCCACUUCUGAGGUCGACGCCUUUGGUUCAGAUGGUCCUACCGCAAGCCGGUGCUCGGCUGACUGCUGCUUGUGGAAGGCGAGGUGUGGGCAAGGAAAGAAACCGUUGCCAUGGUUAUGGGGAGCGGUCGCAGGUUGCAGGCUUCCGGAAUCGAGGCGGCCGUGGCAUGUUGCCAGUCGAGACCUUGGUGACCUGCUUGGGCCGCAAUGUCCUCGAGAAGUUGAGGGACCUGGUGCCCCCACUCCUGGACUUGGCCUUGACACGGCGGCAAGAGGCCAAGCAAGACGCCGCGUGCGCGGCCCUGGACCUGGCCUCAGAAAGGUUGGUGCUGAGAGCUUUGGGCGCCCUGUGUCGCUCCCUUGGCCCCUUCCUGUCGCCCUUCCUGGACCGCUUCCUGGAGGUCAGCUGCCGUGGCCCCAAAGCAGGUGGUCCAGCAGUGCUGCAGGAGCUUGCAGGCGAGCUGGUGAAGGGGGUGCCCCACAGGCUCCUCUUGGCGUCCGUGCAAGCAGCCACGGUGGACCCCUUCGACUCUGCAGAUUCUGUGCCGCUGGACGAGAAACUCCUCCACAUGCAGAGGCUCGCCAGUUUCCACAUCUGGAUCCUUUCCAAGGCGUCGCCGGAGUUUGUGGCCGGCAUCAGCGACGCCAUCAUGGCGUCCCUUCUCCGGCUCCUGGCGGUCUCCAGCGGCGCCAUCGCUGCUUUCCUCCAAGCGGGGACCGAAGCCGCAGUGCUCGCUGCCAGGGUCUCGCGCCAGCCUUCUUGCCCAGCGGUGGAGCUGAGUUGGGAGCAGUUCGGCAGCCAGCCCUCCAUCUGGCAGCUGCACCAACUGGCGGCGGCCGCCUUCGCGCACUUCGUCCUGCGGCUGGAGCUGGAGGAGAUGAAGAAGCACUUUGUCAAGGUACUGGAAUGGGCGCGGGACAAGCAGCCGAAGCUGCUUGAUCAGCAGAGGCUUAGAAAAGCGAAAGACUUCGAGGGCAUCGAUCCAGCAUCUGAUGCCAUAGCAGCUUGUCGCGUGAUGGCAGGGGGCCAAGAGUCUUUGGGAGUCAGGAGCAACCUGUUGUUGGACGGGCGCAAGGCCGUCACUGCCACCAUGAGCUGCGUCGCAGACGCGGCCCCCGGAACAGCAGAAGAGCUGCUGCCACUGGGGACGAAGGAGCCUGAUGACUUGUCGACAGCGUUGGUCGCCUGCCGCCGCUUCGCGCAGCUCGGCUUCUCAAAGCUACAACGAGCCCUCGCCCGCCUUGCCUGGACCUCUCAGGCUUCAGACUGGGCAGAAGGCGCGGAAGCGUCGGAAGACUGGCGAGAAGGCGGCUACCGCGUCCAAGGAGGUGCUGCAGGAGCACACGUGGUGGUGGCACGACGCGGCUCCGCCGUCACCGUCAUUGCAACUGCAUCCUUCCAGACUCCAGCCACACCAAGACCGCCUGAGGAGCUGCGUGAUCCGGUGGCCAACCUCCUGGACAUCUUCGAAUUUCUUGCGCAGGACUCCAGCGCGACGACCUCGCUGCGGAGUGCCCUUGAGGCGGCCCUGGUCGCGCUGACCAACGUCGCCAGCGAGAGCGGAGUGAAGCUCCAAAUGCAGGUGAUCCUGGAGAAGAGUCGCUCCGAAGACGCCGAGGUCCGCCUGAACGCCGUGAAAUGCGUCCAUCGCAUUUGGAUGGACCUCGGUGUCCAGGUCGUCAUGUGCCUCUCGGAAGUGACAAUGUAUGCCUCUGAGCUCCUCGAAGAUGAGGACUCACGGGUGGAGAUGGCUGUGCGGGCCAUGAUCAAGACGAUGGAGGCAAGCGGCGAACAAAAACGGGUCUUGGGCUUGCAAUGCCAUGCCGGUACUGUGAUGAAGUCCAUCUUUGGCUUGGGCAGGACUGCACGGGCGAGAGCUUGCAGGACACCUUGA